UGGGAAAUGUAGUCAGCGCCGUGUUGCUGUUGUCCACAGCUGGUUAGCAUUUCUAUUGUCUUUCUUAUGAGAGGGAUAUCCGCUACAAUCGUUGCUUCUUUUCUUAUUCCCACGAAAUUCUUACAAUUUCAUAGUCCACCAUGGCGGAUGAGCAAGAGAUAAUGUGCAAGCUAGAAAACAUCAAAGAAAUAAGGAACAAGACCAUUCAGAUGGAGAAGAUCAAGUCUAGACUGAGGAGUGAGUUUGAUGCUCUUGAGUCAGAGGAGAAGCACCUGAGAGAGUACAAACAGGAAAUGGAUCUUCUGCUGCAGGAGAAAAUGGCUCACGUAGAGGAACUGCGUCUUAUACACGCUGAUAUCAAUGUGAUGGAAAACACUAUCAAACAGUCUGAAAGUGACUUGAACAAACUGCUGGAGUCAACCAGACGUCUCCAUGAUGAAUACAAGCCCCUGAAAGAACACGUGGACGCCCUGAGGAUGACCCUCGGCCUACAGAGACUCCCUGACCUCAGCCAAGAAGAGGAAAAGCUCUCACUGGAUUACUUUGAAAAGCAAAAGGCUGAGUGGCAGACCGAACCUCAGGAACCUCCUAUCCCAGAAUCCCUAGCAGCGGCGGCGGCUGCAGCCCAGCAGCUUCAAGCUGCGCGGAAACAGGACGCCAGGCAGACAGCGACGUUCCGCCAGCAGCCGCCACCUAUGAAGGCUUGUCUGUCCUGCCACCAACAAAUCCAUCGGAAUGCACCAAUCUGUCCUCUCUGCAAAGCCAAAAGUCGCUCACGCAACCCUAAAAAACCUAAGAGAAAACCAGACGAGUGACACACGUGGCUCCAAACAACCCCUAAGAAAACCUGAUUUACACAUAAACGCACUCACUUACGCUCUCAUGCAUGCACGUUUCCAAACACAUACACACUGACAGUCACCAUGAAGCCACACACACACUAUUGUCCUGAAGGAAUGGACCAUCUGCAGUCUGAUAACUUGACCCCUCAUAGUGAUCCUGUAUUUCAUCUGUCUUCCUGCUUCAGUGUACGUGAGGUCUCAGUUUUUCCAUUUCAUUUUAUAUUAGUGAAACCUUGAUAUUGUAUUUGUACUGUGUCUGUAUUUAGUUUGUAGUGGAAAUGGAUGCUGGUUUAGAAAUGUACUAUUCCGUGUGGGGUUUAAGUCUAAUCCAUUAGUGCAAACUAAAUUCUCUAAAGUGGCUUUAGUCAAUAGAGCCAUUUGUACGGUAUUCAUUUAAUGCUUAAACUGAUCUUUAAUCAUUUUAAUUCAUUAAUAAUGAUAUGAUUUCACAUGUUUUUCAAUGUUUUUUCUUGGUAAGUGCAAAUUGUUUUUCUUGUAUUAUGUAACCAUGGACUGUCUCAGACCAUGUCAGUGUUCUAGAAUGUCUUAUGGGCCGUUCACACAUGAUGUAGAUGGAGAGCAUUGGAAUGGAACAGAGCGAGUUUUUAACUUUAAAGGUGCAGUAAUCGGUUUUUGAGAAACGCUGUUAAAAAUUGUAAAUCACCAAAACUAACAUGCUCCUACCAAAAGGAUCACACCCCUAUCUUGAUAGCUCCGCCCCCCAAAUUCACAAACAGCCUAUGCCGCACAAUCAUCUCCCCCUCGUGAGUAUACGCCCCUUACUGCUGAUUGGCUAUAAGUGUGUUUUGGUGCUUGGUCCGAUCCACUUUCAACAGCGUUUCUCAGAAAUCGCUUACUGCACCUUUAAGUGUCUUUAAAAAGUGGUUCUAAUGGCAUUAGAUGCUAAAAUAACGAGACAUGGUACAACAGGCAUUGAAACAAACACUAGAGUUACCAACAAAAAUGAAUAUUAACGCAGAAUGAACGCAAGAACAUGUCCUGUGUGAACAGCCCCUUAGAAGUAGAAUAAUAAUGGAACACAAGUUGAAUGAGAGUUCUAAAGCCCAAGUUCUUGUAGAACCAUCAUUCAAUUUGAGCAAAUGAGCUGUUACUUUGUGUUCUGGAAUUUGACCGAAAGGGGCAUUAAGAAUUUGUUAGAUUCUUUAGUAUUGAAUCAUUGCGUUUUUUAAUAAUUAAAAUGUGUGAAACUAAUAAACUCUGGACGUCUUGUCAUGAUGAUAAAUUAAUAUAAUACAAUUCAUUUCAGUUGA